CCCGCCGCCGGCGCUUACUGUUGUGCGACCGGGCGCAGCCAUGUGCCAGGUUGGCGAGGACUACGGGGAUCCAGCGCCCGAGGGACCGCCGCCACUGCGGCCUGGGCGUGAACUGAAGUGUGUGAAGUGCACGGAAGGCCUACCCGUGGUGGUGAUUCGAGCAGGAGAUGCCUUCUGCAGGGACUGUUUCAGGGCCUUCUACAUCCACAAGUUCAGAGCCGUGCUUGGGAAGAAUCGGUUGAUCUUUCCGGGUGAGAAGGUGCUCCUGGCAUGGUCUGGGGGGCCUUCAUCCAGCUCCAUGGUCUGGCAGGUCCUUGAGGGCCUGAGUCGAGAUUCUGCCAAAAGACUGCGUUUUGUGCCAGGGGUCGUAUAUGUCGAUGAGGGAGCAGCUUGUGGCCAGAGCCGGGAGGACAGAGCAAAAACUCUGUCUGAUGUGAAGCUGAUCCUACAGACCCUUGGCUUUCCGUGGCACGUUGUCACCUUGGAAGAGGUGUUUGCCCUGCCGCCGUCCGUGCUGCGCUGCUCUGCCCAGAAGCCAGUGGGGACUGUGGGGACCUACAAGGUGGCUGUGGACAGUUUCCUUCAGCAGCAGCAUACGCUGGGGGCUGAGGGGGUUGGGGGCAGCCCCAGCUCAGCCCAGGGGGAGGCACAGCCGAGCCAGCCCUGCACCCAGGACCCCCAGGACCUGGCUGCCCAGACCGAGGCUCUGUCCCGACUGUUUGACUCCGUGAAGACGUUGACGGCCAAAGAGGAGCUUCUGCAGACCCUGCGGACCCACCUGAUCCUGCACGUGGCCCGGACCCAUGGCUACUCCAAGGUGAUGACAGGAGACAGCUGUACCCGCUUGGCCAUCAAGCUCAUGACCAGCCUGGCGCUGGGGAGAGGGGCCUUUCUCGCCUGGGACACGGGCUUCUCCGACGAGCGGCACGGCGACGUGGUGGUAGUACGGCCCAUGCGUGAGCACACGCUGAAGGAGGUCGCCUUCUACAACCGCCUCUUUGCCGUUCCGUCCGUCUUCACGCCAGCCAUGGACACCAAGGCCCCCGAAAAGGCCAGCAUCCACCGGCUGAUGGAGGGCUUCCUGCUCCGGCUGCAGGCCCAGUUCCCCUCCACAGUCAGCACCGUGUACAGGACCAGUGAGAAGCUGGUCAAGGCCCCCAGGGACGGCUGUGCCGCUGGCCCCCGCUGCCUGCUCUGUAUGUGCUCGCUGGACGUCGACGCCGCUGAUAGUGCCACAGCGUUCGGGGCUCAGACCCAGGAUUUCUCCCAGAUGCAGCCCUCCACCCCACUGGCUGGGGCCCCCACUGUGCCUUGCCGUGCUGCAGAGGUGGGCAGGGCCCCGAACUGCUGCCAGGGGACCAGGCCGUGCAGGAGGGAGGACUCCCGAGCCCAUGUCAUCGAGCAGCUAUGCUACGGCUGCCGCGUGAAUAUGAAGGAUGUGCCCUCCUUGGACCCCCUGCCACCUUACAUCUUGGCCGAGGCCCGACUCCGCAGCCAAAGGCCCUCGCCAGAGAUCCAGGAGUAUCUGCUGGAGAACAGUGACGAUGAGGCGCACACCAGCGGGAGCGGAGCCUGGGGCCCCCCGGAGCAGGAGGGCAAGGAUGGGCAGACAGCCUGUAAUUGUAUAAAUAAAAACAUUUUUAAUUAG